GCUCCGGAGGAGGAGCGCGCGCGCGCUUAAAUAGCCGCCCCUCGCCGCUCACGGCUUCAGAGAGCCACAGACGCCCGGCUAGCCGUCGCCAGAAACAUGAUCAAGAAAAUGAGUCCCUCGGAGAACGAGUUCGACAUCCCCGCGAAAAACUGCUACAGGAUGGUCAUUCUCGGAUCCACCAAAGUCGGCAAGACGGCGAUAGUGUCCCGCUUCUUGAACGGACGCUUCGAGGAGCAGUACACGCCGACCAUAGAGGACUUUCACAGGAAACUCUACAGCAUUAAAGGAGAUGUAUACCAGCUUGACAUUUUGGAUACCUCGGGGAACCACCCGUUCCCGGCCAUGAGGAGACUAUCCAUACUCACAGGUGACGUUUUCAUCCUGGUUUUCAGUCUGGACAACCGCGAGUCGUUUCACGAGGUCCAGCGGCUCAAGCAGCAGAUCUACGAGACCAAGUCCUGCCUUAAAAACAAGACCAAGGAGAACGUGGACGUGCCCCUGGUCAUCUGCGGGAACAAGGGCGACCGCGAGUUCUACCGCGAGGUCCAGCGCGAGGAGAUCGAGCAGCUGAUCGCCGGCGACGAGCAGUGCGCGUACUUCGAGAUCUCCGCCAAGAGGAACACCAACGUGGACCAGAUGUUCCAGAGGCUCUUCACCCUCGCCAAGCUGCCCAACGAGAUGAGCCCCGACCUGCACCGCAAGGUGUCCGUGCAGUACUGCGACAUCCUGCACAAGAAGUCGCUGAGAAACAAGAAGAUCAAGGACGGCGACGCGUACGGCAUCGUGGCGCCCUUCGCGCGCCGCCCGAGCGUGCACAGCGACCUGAUGUACAUCAAAGAGAAGGCGAUAGGAGGCGGCCAGGCGAAGGACAAGGAGAGGUGCGUUAUCAGCUAGGCUCCGCGGCGUUCCCAGCGCCGCUGCGGUCAAUCUUGUGGGAUGCAGCCGUCUCGCUGCAGUCUCCCGGCUGAGGGAGUCGCGCCUGUCGCGGUGACUCCGGACGAAUCGCGUUCGCGCCGGCGGUGGAAGUCCUCGGCUUGAGCUCUCACCUCGCGACGCGGAAGCGCAUGUGACGCUCGCGAGAUCUGUACAGAAUACCGACUCUGUUCUGUUCGGUCGGAGCGCUCUGUGAUGUUGGCUUGUCGACCCCAUGCUUCAAACGCGCUUUCUUGCAACACGUGCCUCGUCGAGUGCCGAGGGGAGAACCGACGGGGAGCCGGUGUCAGCUGUUUACAUUUAUUUUUAAUUUUUUGGUUAAGUUCGAUCGCCGUGAAAUCAACUUGAAUGUUUUAUUGAACAAUUUUUCUAUUGUCAAUGAAUGUACAGCCUAUUUAUUCCUCUGUGUCGUUGUUGAAUCUGACACAUGGAAAACAGAAAUAAAAUCUUUUCUCAAGAA